AUGAAUAUCCCAUACAUUUGGAUUGGUCUACUCAGAGAUCCUGAAGAUGACUCAGUCUGGAAGUCUAUAAAUCUAAGAACCGGUGAAGGUGUCUCAGGUGAUGACCUCUCACGUACCAUCAAAUGGGCCUCUGCACAGCAGGACUACUGUGCAGUUGUAGGAAAUGACCUCAUGUGUUGGUAUGACGCUGUAAAGUACUGUAUGGAAAACUAUGGUUACCUAGCCACUGUCACCCAGGUAAACUCAGGUAAUAUUGACAAAGGGGGCUGGAUUGGACUGUAUCGAGUGGGGGGCAAGACCUGGAACUGGACGGGUAGUUUAGGAUCUAGCUACAGAAACUGGGCACCAGGACAGCCAGUCACUGCAGACUGUGGCUCUGUAGUUGCUUCUACCGGAGGCUGGGUAGGCUCUGCAUGCUCUAAAGAGUUUUACCCUUUUUGUUUUGUUGACAACCUGGUGGUGGUGAAUGAGAACAAGACAUGGGAGGAUGCCUUGAUUCACUGCAGAAGGAUGAAAACAUCAUGUUCUGGCUGUAAGUACGACCUCCUGAGCCUGACCGAUGUCUCUCAGUACAACUAUGUCAGAGACAGGAUCUACAGAGCAACUACUGAUGAGGCUUGGAUUGGCUUGCGCUUCAUGGGAGGAAAAUGGUUUUGGUUAAAUGGAGACAAACCAGGUCCCAAAGAUAUGCUGCCAGACUGUCCGCCCAACUGGGAACACUGUGGGACUUUGUCCAAAUUUGACACAAACAGCAUGUGGAUGAUCAGGGACUGCGCAGAAAGAAGAAACUUUGUCUGCAUACAAGUAACCCCAUAGUCAAUGAAACUGGCAGCUUAACAUCAAAUGCUACAAUAAUGCUUGUUCUAUCAGUUCUUUAGCAUAUAUUUA